UACUGCCUGGACGUGAUCUUCGUGUUGAACAUCAUCUCACGCUUUUACAUUGGAUAUGAAAGUAAUGGUGUAGUCAUCAUUGAUUCCAAACCAGUGCAGAGAAAAUAUCUCCGAACAUGGUUUAUCAUGGACCUGUUGGCUGUUCUUCCCUUUGAGACUCUGAGAUAUGCUUCGCCUGAAUUGCAUUUUAUGCAUAUCAAUCGAUGUCUAAGAGUCUUACGGCUGUUUGACAUAAUAUGUAAGUUUCUUGAUUUCAUUUGAUUGUUUUAUUGUACAAUAAUGAUGACAAUAAUCACUACUGUAUUUGUAAACCACCUAAAGCCCUAACUAAAAAAAAAAAAAGAAUGGUACAUGUUCAUGAUUAACAUAAUGACAACAAGAUAAAAUGACAGAAUCCUAUUUACUGUGGCAAAAACAGCUAGCUUAAUUUAUAUUGUAAAAAUUAUUCCAAAACUGCCAAUUAAUCCAAUCUUAACCUUAACUGUCUCAUAUUGUUUCAAUUAAGCGUCCUUUGGAAAAGAACCUGACACCAACAAGAUACAUGUUGCAGUCCUGAAAUCCUUUUCUAUUGUUGUCCUCUGUGUUCAAGUCUCUGCGUGUGCCUGGUGAGUUGGCCUUUUAGUCAGAAUUACAUGGCACUUCAAACCACCCACCAUUCAAAAGCCCCUUUACAAGUAAGACUGUAUGACAUGGUUUUUCCUUCAGUCUCAAGAUGAAAGAGAAAAGACUUGCAUUUAAAAAGUUGACUUCCUUAUUAUCUUCUUUAUGUUGGCAUACUAGGUACAAUCAGGCAUGUACAGCUGCUCAUGGUGACCAUCCAAGGGAGUGUCCAAAAGAGGAGAACUGGUUACAGCUGUUGCCAGAGUGUACGUUUUACAGUUUUUUUUCCUUUGCAAAAUGAGGUAGUUCGCUAGGUGCAGGGCUCUACAGUGCAACCAUUUUACUCACAUAUGCGCCUAAAUAUUUUGCUGUGCGACCUGUAAUUUUCAUGUAGGAGCACCACAGGUCAGCAUAGAGCCCUGAUGUAGAGCAAAAAAUGCUCUAAUGACUGGAAACAGAGAUUGGAUUUGCUUCAUAAGUGUUGAUCAACGAUGUAAACCCAUCAUUGGUGUUGAUAAACAUGUUGAUGACACUAAGAUGUUAAUAAAUGUAUCAUUGUAGGUGCAUUUAUGAAUGAGUCACUGUUAGGUAUUGAAUUAAACAUCUUUUCUUAAAGUUUCAACCAAUUUGACUGGAGCAACAGAUUUGGAGUUUUAUGCCACGUCACUAUACUGGUCUGCAAUAACUCUAGGUUCUGUGGGGUAAGUAAGGUGCUUUUAAGUGGGUUUAAAUCUAUUUCUUUUUUUACCAGUACCACUUGGAUACAGUGAGCGAUGUUAGACAAAGGCUAUUAAACAUCACAAAAUAACCAUCUAGACUACCUAUAACCACAGGGAUGCUUUGUGACGUUCUUAAUGCAUCUGUGUUCCUCUGUAUUUGCAUGAGUUCGUUUUUGACGGGCACAGGUGUUUUGUAUUGAAUGCUUUAGAAUACUGGUCAUUUUUCAUAAAGAACUGUGAAAGUAUAAUAAUAUUUAUAUUUUCUUAGCUAUGGAGACAUACAUGCUAUGAAGAUCCCGGAGGUUACGGUUGCCUCACUGGUGAUGGUGGUUGGUUUAUUUGCCUUUGGAGUAAUCGUGACUGGAAUGAGCUCCAUCAUAAGCAAUCUGGAUGCCCGGAGAGGAAGGUUUCACCAUCGAAUGGAGUCCAUUUGUCUUCAUAUGGUAUAUCUCAACACCCAUUGAUAUAAAUAAUUGAUAAUCGUGAUAAAAACAACAGCUUUUAUUUUUAUUUUUCCAGAAACAAAUGGAAUUGCCAGAGGAAGUACAAACAUGGGUGCACAAAUAUUACUAUGAUCUGUGGACGCAUCGCAAAGGCAGUAUAAUCGCUGGACUACUGGAUGACCUUCCUUUUCCUCUACAUUCAGAAAUAUCCUCUGCUUGUUACAAACCUCUGAUGAAAAAGGUGAGAUUUCUUUUAAUGUGUUGCUUGGUUUGGUCAGCCAUGUAUGAUCCUUAUAGUACUAAGAUAAAGUCUGAUGCUUUGACUGUUGAGACAAUGAUUAUUUAAAUGUUUUGUAUUCUCUUCCAGACAACCUUGUUUCAUGAUACCGAAGAUGGCUUUAAAAGAGCUUUGUCACUUAAAUUCAACACGUACACAUACAGUCCUGGACAAAUUUUGGCAAAGCCUGGAGAAAUCAAUCAAAAUGCCUACUACAUUGAACAUGGAGUGGUGCAGGUACAUUUAGUUUAUUCUAUGAAUAUCAGCAGUCAUCACUUUGAUCACAACAUGAUCAAACAUGAUUAAACUAGUUAGUACCAAACUUGAAUCGAUCAUCCAAAUCUGUACAAAAACUAAAGUGAAAAUGUAUAGUCCUAUGCUGUAAACAUUGAGUGUCUAACCAAAUUUAGAUUUCCGUAUUUCAAAAUGAAUUUAUUAUAAAAUUGCUUUUGUUUACAAAUUAUGAUGCCCUCCUUACAGGUAUUAGGAGAUAAUCAUUGUGACAAAAUUGCCACUUUGCUGCCUGGAUCGUUAAUUGGAGAGGUAUGGCAAAGAGCAUCACCUCUGUUUGAUAUUUUGAAUUUUUUAUAAAAAAAGAUGUGUUUGUAAGCUAUUCCAUGGGUUUAUGCAUGAUGUGUGUGUAAAAUAUGAUUAUUGUCCUUCAAGGCUUAUCUGAUGUACAGAAUUCCGAGAAACACUACGAUUUGUGCAGCAACAUUAUGUGAAAUUUGUGUGUUGGAACGCAGAGAUCUUCUUGCAUUGUUUGCAGAUUACCCGGAAGGUAGGUAUACUUUUUUAAAUCACUUAAACAUUUUGAUAGAACAAACCAGAUUGUUUAAUGUAGUGUACAUCCCUUGAAAUCUGUUCUUUGAAAUCUGUAUUUUCUGUGACAUUACAAAUACCGUCAUAUUGCAAAAUAAAAUAUCUUCAACAGCUGGUUUGAAGAUAGCAAGAACAGCUCAAAAACAGCUGCAUAAUGUUAAGCAUCCUAUUAGGGAAGCCUUUGCGCUAGGAGUGGCAUCGAACCCCCAGAAUGUGGUUUUUCAGAAGGAUUUAAGUGUAAAUCUGCUGGUAAGUAUGAGUUCUAUCACAGGCCAUUUCAUCCAGUGUUCAUUCUUCAGCGAUGUAAAGUGUAUUUGAGGAAAAUAGACUUGGCAUGAUGUUAUUGUAUUUACAACUGAUUAUUUUCCAUUUCAGCCAAGGGAUCAGAAGAUUUUUACAUUGUUUAUGGAAUAUUUUGCAAACCAGUCCCACAAUAUCUCUUCAUCAGUUAAAACAUCUACAGACGUGAAAAGGGUAGGUUAGAUGAACGAAGCAAAUUGCUCAGAAAUAAGAGAAAAUGUAUUUGAACUGUAAAUCCUUCUAUGAGUGCUUAAUAUAUUCAUGUGUUGUUCCCAGUCUGUUUGGAUGAGAACUAUUCGACCAGAUGGCAUGUUUGCUCAGAAGUGGGAGGUCUUCAUGUUUUGGUGUAUCACCAUUUCAAUUUUUAUUGAAACAUGGGUACUUUUUUUCACCAACAACCUAGACACAAAGGGUGAGUCGUGUUGGAAUUUUUCAAUGACCUGAUUUUCCAGACCACCACUAGAACAACCGUAAACUCUUUUGUUGGAAGAAAUGCAUCCACCACUAAAGGUUAGCGAGUCCUUAAUCUAAAAUGAAUCGAUUACUGAAAAUUGUUUUGUGAAGUUUAUUUUUAUGGCUUUACAGGCUUUCACAACGAAGGAUGGGGUGUGCUCUAUCUUACAAUCAGCUCAUUGGUUGAUGUUUUUGCCAUUAUUGACAUAUUUGUGAACCUCCGCACAGAAGUUUUUACAAAAGAUGGUAAUGUGUUGAUCUUCGUUGUUUAUAGAAAAGUCACUGUUAUCUGAUAUGUUCAAUACUGCUGCCAUAUCACUGAAUAGAAAUACGCAUGUGAUUUCUGGUUUAUUUUCUCUGUGAACAAAGGCUAUCAAGCUGACGUAAUGGGUAUUUUUGACAACUAUCGAAGAUCUUGGAACCUGUAUUAUGACGUCCUGGCUGUUUUCCCUUUGGACAUUUUAUCGUUUGCAAAAAGUGGAGAAUCACAUUGGAGAGUUUUAGGCUAUGUCAGAUGGAAUCGUCUUAUUUGGAUUCGGAAGGUGAAGUAACAAGUUUAAUGCUUUGAUUUUAUUUGACACAAAUUGCCAAUCUUGAGCUGCCUGUGUCUCAUGGUUUUUAUGACCGUGUAGGUCAUUGUGAGGCUGAACCUGAACACCAAUGUCCUUACAUUCCAGAUUUAUUUGUUUUUCAACAAAAACGAAAAUGACAUGGAUAAGAACCUGUUUGAGCAAAGAACGGCAAAAUGUAUUUUCCUCAUGAUUUUCUCUGUGCACUGCUGCUCUGGAGUAAUGUAUCUCACAGGCUGCAAAGACUUCAGGUAAUAUUCCAGCCUUAAAAAAAAAAAGACAAUGGGUUGGAAGUGUUAAUGACUUCUGUUUCAAUCGAUGCAUUGACAAAUAUUUUUCCAUCUUUCCAUAGGUGUGAUGAAGAGUCAUGGGCCUGGAACACAGGACUGAAAGCCAGCCAGAGCAACUUGUAUCAUUAUAUGAUUGCUGUUUAUUGGACAACAACAAGCAUGACAACCACUGGUAAGAUGAAGUCCACCCCACUCAGUAUAAUACAGUACAGUGCCCAGUGCCUUAAACGUUUCAUAACUGAAUAUUUUUCUCUCAGGAUAUGGUGACAUUGUUCCCAGCACUAUGAAAGAGCGACUUACUGCUGUAUUUGUUUGCUUCAUUGGCUUGUUUGUCUUUAACUACAUCAUCAGUCAAGUCUAUGCCACAUUGGCCAGUCAGAAUGCUGCCAGGUAAAUAUUUUUCACUUUUGUGUGGUUUUUAAACUUGAGUGUGUAUUGAUGUGCAUUGGUUUAUAACAACUAAGCAAGACUAUCUUUUCUCCAGGGUUACAUUUCAGAAUCUCCUCUCAGCCAUGACUAACUUCAUGGAAAGCCAUGACCUUAGUUUAUCACUUCAAACAAGGGUCACUGAGUAUAUGAGUCUUCUUUGGUCAAAGUAUCAGUAAGUUUGUUUUCAAGUUUUUCCAAAUAUAUCUCAGAGGCCAUUCCUUUCAUUAGACCAAAGAUGUAUUAUUAUUUUUGACGUUUCAGGGGUCAAGCAUACCCUGGAGGCCAAUUUUUAAUGCAUGACUUGCCAAUCGAACUUCAACAGAUUGUCCUGAUGAAAGAGAGAGGAAGGUUCUUGUCAAAGGUAUCAUACUUUUUUGUACAGUAUGUACCGGUAUGCUGAUAAAGACAGGCAUAUCCAAUAUUAUGUAGUUAGGGGGAAAAAAACAUUGCCGACUGUUUAUAAAGGAAUUUGAUUUUUCAUACAGCUUUAACUUAAUUUACAAUCAUAACGGGUGACACUGUGUUAUACUUGUAAUUAUGUUUUUGAGUCAUUUAUUUAUUUUUCAUUGCAACCAUCAUCCAUUUUAUACGGCAUAAUCAACCUAUGUGUACAUGAAGACCCCCAUUUAUUUUUUUUCAACAGAUUCCUUAUUUCGAGCAAGCUGGACAAGCGUUCAUUCGGGAUCUCGCAUCAACCUCUGUCAUGUAUUUCUUUCCCAGAGGGGAGAUCAUCCAGUACAGUGAAACUAUUACCAGAGAGCUAUUUUGCAUUCGAAAAGGGACUUGCCAGGUUUGUAUGAAAGAGUUAUGCUUGUAUGAAUUAUACAUAAUGUGUAUUCACAUUAUACAGUUACUCUCCCCCCCCCCAUUUGUUCUAGUUUUUACAAGUAAAUCCUUUGAUUUGAUUUUCAAGAUUCUAAGUGAUGACUUGUCUGAAAUUGUUGGACUCUACGGUGAAGGAAUGUAUUUCGGGGAGGUAAUAUUUACAAAGACAUUUGCUUAAGCAAAGUUUUGAUUUACUACUUUCAUUCAUAUUUGGAAUGUUACAUUGAAUACUCGUUGGAUCUAAUUUCAGGCUGGAUUUUUGUUUGGAAAACAAGCUACAAUGACCGUCCGUGCAAAGACUCACUGUGAGAUCAUAGUGAUCGAUUUUGACAAAGUUAAAGCAGUUCUGGAGAGAUACCCGGUCAUUGAAAGGUACAUCUAUUUGAACACUUGGGGCUCUAUUUUCGGCUGGUGUUAAGGCGACGCUAGUGUCAAACGGCACGUUAGUUUGCAAUUUCGUAAUGUAAAAACUGGCGCACUGGCAUUUUCCAGCCCUAAAGCCAGGUUCGGCAAUUUACCUGUCUUAUAUCAGCUCGCUUGGGCUCAGAUGGGAGGGGUAGAAAUAUUUGAGGUGUGUCCUUAAAAACAUCCAAAGUGCUAAUUUGAGGCAGCGCUGAUAGGGAUAAAGCUGGUUUUAGCAGUAACGCAGUUGGUUAUGGCAUGGAUUUUGACAGCGGAAACACAGCCUAUCAAGCUGUGACGCAUACUGCCCAUAUGCGCAUGGAACAAGAGUAGCCUUUAUACUUCAUAUUUAGAAACAUUAAAAAUAUAUAUGUUUCUUCCCAUUUCGUUUUAUUUGGUUAAAACCAAGCAUAACCUCCCCUGCUCUCAAUGAAGGCUUGUAUUUUUGUCCUGCCCAAUGCAAUCGCGAAGUAGUCAAGACUGUCGAUAAAGUGUUUGGCUCCUGAGACCACUUGGAAAUAAAUCUUAAUCACCAAAGCUUUAUUAAUAUAUCAAGUUUGAGAGGAGUAAAACAGUGAGCUGACGUUCCCUUUUUAUCUAUGCAUUGUAGGCAGGCCCACAUUAUGUUAGCCAUGCAGGUCCCGUUUUGGACGUGCUUAAAACCCCCUACAUGAUAUAGGCUACGUGUCCAUGCCCAUCAUGAAACGAGAGAUGAGAACCUCUGUGAAUACCAGUGAACCUCAAAUUUAGAAGUUGUCUGUAAUCUGUAACAGUUGCUUGUUUUCCGUUUGAUAUGUUCAAAACCCAAGCCGUCCUUUAGGCCUACAAUAAAGAGGAUGGUUCAACCGCAAUGCGUGUCUUUUUUAUCCUGGUCAUUUUAUGAUAUCAUUGUAUUUUACAUUUAUUUAUUGUUGUUUAAAAAAAGCUCAGAAUGCUUGUUUUUUGUUUAAUUUUAUUACAACCAAUAUUAUUAGAAUGAUUCACCCUCCUGGUUACAACGUCAGUGGCGCGCAUGCAACGCAACUUCUGGAGAUGUGUGAAUGCGAUCUGAUCUGUAAAAUGGUUCCGAUUAUGUUCAUAAAGCGUAGCACUAUAUGGGAGCAGUAUAACGGUGAGUGGACAUUCUCCCUUUCUCUUUAUACUGGAUCUUUGAUCAGCUACUGUGAACACUGGAUGUGCGUAAAGUCCUCCAUAGUCUGCGUUUUAAUAUUAUAUGUCCACGGGGAGAAAUGAUGGUGCCUCUAAGUGUCACAUAGCCUAUUUAAAACAAGUUGUUGUUUUGUUUAGAAUUUUAUUAGAAUUAUUUGUUCUCUUUUUAGCCCUUAUCAAAAAUGAAUUGAAUCUUGCUUAUUGACAAUGUUUGGCAAGUCCAUGCUCAGCCAUAAUUAAAUGUACAGUAGGCCUAGCCCUUUAGAACAACGUGGACUGCAAAUGGGUUCAAGUUAAUGUAUUUAGGUCUACAUUUUGUUAUUUUGUUUCUGUAAGCCAUUUAACAAACUAACGGACUAACAUUGGAAUUGGAGUUGAUUCCAAGGCAAUACAUAAAAGACCCGUAAACACAACUUGGAAGCAACCACAUAUGCCGCCAUGGAGCAUGUUCUGAUUGGCUAGUGAGAGGCCAAGCCUCGACACACCCACAACAUGUUUAUUCAUCAAAACCCAGCCCUUUUGUGCCAACGCCAGCAAGUGCGCCAAUAAUUGUGAUAGUUAAAAUAGCACAAAUAUUUCUGACACACCCCUGAACCUAUAGCGAAUAAAAAUAGAGCCCAUAAUAUUCAUUGUCAUAUGAAUUGUCAAAUGUUAUAAGAGAUUUCCUGUUAUAAUUUGUAUAAUACAGUGAGGGAAAAAAGUAUUUGAUCCCCUGCUGAUUUUGUACGUUUGCCCACUGACAAAGACAUGAUCAGUCUAUAAUUUUAAUGGUAGGUUUAUUUGAACAGUGAGAGACAGAAUAACAACAAAAACAAUCCAGAAAAAUGCAUGUAAAAAAUGUUAUAAAUUGAUUUGCAUUUUAAUGAGGGAAAUAAGUAUUUGACCCCCUCUCAAUCAGAAAGAUUUCUGGCUCCCAGGUGUCUUUUAUACAGGUAACAAGAUGAGAUUAGGAGCACACUCUUAAAGGGAGUGCUCCUAAUCUCAGCUUGUUACCUGUAUAAAAGACACCUGUCCACAGAAGCAAUCAAUCAGAUUCCAAACUCUCCACCAUGGCCAAGACCAAAGAGCUCUCCAAGGAUGUCAGGGACAAGAUUGUAGACCUACACAAGGCUGGAAUGGGCUACAAGACCAUCGCCAAGCAGCUUGGUGAGAAGGUGACAACAGUUGGUGCGAUUAUUCGCAAAUGGAAGAAACACAAAAUAACUGUCAAUCUCCCUCGGCCUGGGGCUCCAUGCAAGAUCUCACCUCGUGGAGUUGCAAUGAUCAUGAGAACGGUGAGGAAUCAGCCCAGAACUACACGGGAGGAUCUUGUCAAUGAUCUCAAGGCAGCUGGGACCAUAGUCACUAAGAAAACAAUUGGUAACACACUACGCCGUGAAGGACUGAAAUCCUGCAGCGCUUGCAAGGUCCCUCUGCUCAAGAAAGCACAAAUACAGGCCCGUCUGAAGUUUGCCAAUGAACAUCUGAAUGAUUCAGAGGAGAACUGGGUGAAAGUGUUGUGGUCAGAUGAGACCAAAAUCGAGCUCUUUGGCAUCAACUCAACUCGCCGUGUUUGGAGGAGGAGGAAUGCUGCCUAUGACCCCAAGAACACCAUCCCCACCUUCAAACAUGGAGGUGGAAACAUUAUGCUUUGGGGGUGUUUUUCUGCUAAGGGGACAGGACAACUUCACCGCAUCAAAGGGACGAUGGACGGGGCCAUGUACCGUCAAAUCUUGGGUGAGAACCUCCUUCCCUCAGCCAGGGCAUUGAAAAUGGGUCGUGGAUAGGUAUUCCAGCAUGACAAUCACCCAAAACACACGGCCAAUGCAACAAAGGAGUGGCUCAAGAAGCAGCACAUUAAGGUCCUGGAGUGCCUAGCCAGUCUCCAAACCUUAAUCCCAUAGAAAAUCUGUGGAGGGAGCUGAAGGUUCGAGUUGCCAAACGUCAGCCUCGAAACCUUAAUGACUUGGAGAAGAUCUGCAAAGAGGAGUGAGACAAAAUCCCUCCUGAGAUGUGUGCAAACCUGGUGGCCAACUACAAGAAACGUCUGACCUCUGUGAUUGCCAAGAAGGGUUUUGCCAACAAGUACUAAGUCAUGUUUUGCAGAGGGGUCAAAUACUUAUUUCCCUCAUUAAAAUGCAAAUCAAUUUAUAACAUUUUUGACAUGCGUUUUUCUGGAUUUUUUUGUUGUUAUUCUGUCUCUCACUGUUAUAGACCGAUAAUUUCCUUGUCAGUGGGCAAACGUACGAAAUCAGCAGGGGAUCAAAUACUUUUUCCCCUCACUGUAUUUGUUAUAAUACUGCUAGAGAAACAGAGAUUGAGUGAAUUAUAUAAUGAAAAUCAUGAUUUCUGCCUUUGUUUCCUUCUAGCCAAAUAGCGGAAUUGCAAUCAACACCAGAGUAUUACUACACUUUACUGCAAAGUGUUGAAGAAAUGAUGAAGUCUGAGGAACAGGAUGAUGACACACUGAAGAAGAAAGAUGCCUCGUUGACGUAUCAAGGUCGUCGAUAUGCCAAGAAGUCAAAGUGUUGUAAGUUUUCCCUUCACCAUGUCUGCAUGUUUGGGGUCACUUAGAAAUGUCCUUGUUUCGAAAGAAAAGCAAUUUUUUUUGUCCAUUAAAAUAACAUCAAAUUGAUCAGAAAUACAGUGUAGACAUUGUUAAUGUUGUAAAUGGCUAUUGUAGCUGGAAACUGCUGAUUUAAAAAAAAUGGAAUAUCUACAUAGGCGUACAGAGGCCCAUUAUCAGCAACCAUCAGUCCUGUGUUCCAAUGGCAUGUUGUGUUUGCUAAUCCAAGUUUAUCAUUUUAAAAGGCUAAUUGAUCAUUAGAAAACCCUUUUUCAAUUAUGUUAGCACAGCUGAAAACUGUUGUGCUGAUUAAAGAAGCAAUAAAACUGGCCUUCUUGACUAGUUGAGUAUCUGGAGCAUCAGUAAUUGUGGGUUCAAUUACAGGCUCAAAAUGGCCAGAAACAAAUAACUUUCUUCUGAAACUCGUCAGUCUAUUCUUGUUCUGAGAAAUGAAGGCUAUUCCAUGCGAGAAAUUGCCAAGAAACUGAAGAUCUCAUACAACGCUGUGUACUACUCCCUUCACAGAACAGCGCAAACUGGCUCUAACCAGAAUAGAAAGAGGAGUGGGAGGCCCCGGUGCACAACUGAGCAAGAGGACAAAUACAUUAGAGUGUCUAGUUUGAGAAACAGACACCUCACAGGUCCUCAACUGGCAGCUUCAUUAAAUAGUACCCGCAAAACACCAGUUUCAACGUCAGCAGUGAAGAGGCGACUCCGGGAUGCUGACCUUCUAGGCAGAGUUGCAAAGAAAAAGCCAUAUCUCAGACUGCCCAUCUUAAUCUUUUCUUUUUAUUGGCCAGUCUGAGAUAUGGCUUUUUCUUUGCAACUCUGUCUAGAAGGUCAGCAUCCCGGAGUCGCCUCUUCACUGUUGACGUUGAGACUGGUGUUUCUGGUUAGAGACAGUUUGCGCUGUUCUGUGAAGGGAGUAGUACACAGUGUUGUACGAGAUCUUCUCUUUCUUGGCAAUUUCUCGCAUGGAAUAGCCUUCAUUUCUCAGAACAAGAAUAUACUGACGAGUUUCAGAAGAAAGUUAUUUGUUUCUGGCCAUUUUGAGCCUGUAAUCGAACCCACAAUUGCUGAUGCUCCAGAUACUCAACUAGUCAAGAAGGCCAGUUUUAUUGCUUCUUUAAUCAGCACAACCGUUUUCAGCUGUGCUAACAUAAUUGCAAAAGGGUUUUCUGAUUAUCUAUUAGCCUUUUAAAAUGAUAAAUUUGGUUAGCAAACACAACAUGCCAUUGGAACACAGGACUGAUGGUUGCUGAUGGGCCUCUGUACGCCAAUGUAGAUAUUCCAUAAAAAAUCAGGCGUUUCCAGCUACAAUAGCCAUUUACAACAUUAACAAUGUCUACACUGUAUAUUUCUGAUCAAUUUGAUGUUAUUUUAAUGGACAAAUUUUUUUUUGCUUUUCUUUCGAAAACAAGGACAUUUCUAAGUGACCCCAAACUUUUGAACGGCAGUGUAUGCCUAUUAAAUUAUUAGGAAAAACUAAACAUAUAACCGAUUGUAGAUAUUGAGGACUUUGGAAACUUCCCAAUCUAUGCUGGAGCAGAAGAAGAAACUGUUGAGGAAAAACUUCUGAAACUGAGCAAAACUAAAGUGAUACCUCCCACUCCAAGGUAUGCAGACAGCAGCUCAGACUUGUGAAACUUGUCGCUGUCAAACCUUCCACAUGUCAUAAUAAAAACCACAAUAUAACCAGCAUUUACAUAAACAUUUGAGCUACCCACAAUAUAACCAGCAUUUACAUAAACAUUUGAGCUACCCACAAUAUAACCAGCAUUUACAUAAACAUUUGAGCUACCCACAAUAUAACCAGCAUUUACAUAAACAUUUGAGCUACCCACAAUAUAACCAGCAUUUACAUAAACAUUUGAGCUACCCACAAUAUAACCAGCAUUUACAUAAACAUUUGAGCUACCCACAAUAUAACCAGCAUUUACAUAAACAUUUGAGCUACCCACAAUAUAACCAGCAUUUACAUAAACAUUUGAGCUACCCACAAUAUAACCAGCAUUUACAUAAACAUUUGAGCUACCCACAAUAUAACCAGCAUUUACAUAAACAUUUACAUCAAGUUUGGUAUUUUGCUCCAAGAGACAAAUUAUGUCUGUAACAAGUUACAACCUCUCUUUUUUUAGAACUGUGCAAGAGAGAUUAGCAGAGUUUUUCUUCAGAUCAUGACCUUCAGUGUAUAUAAUGCUUAAUGUUUCAUUGAGACAAACUGACAGACAGUGUGUUCUAAAUUACUUGAAAUAAUGUUAUGAGACUUGAUGACAGUGUAAUGAAGGGUGCUAUAAACUAUGACACUGCUCUGUAAUGAAAAUGUACUUUCUUUUUCUAGUUAUAGGAGUGCCAUUUUGCCUAGCAAUCCACUGUACAUCCGAUGGGAAUUUUUCCGAUGUAUUUUGGCCAUAACGAUCAGCAUCAAUAGCUCUCUUCUUUUUGCUUUUCUCCACUACAAAAAAGAACUCUGGAUCUUGUCCUACGUUCUGGGCCUUUUUUGUUGGAUUGACAUGUAUAUCCGUUUGCAUGUUGCUUUUUACAAGGACAAUCUCAAAGUGGACACGCUGGAAACUGCAAAACACUAUGUGAAGACAAGCUUUCUAAUAGAUCUCAUCAGCUGUUUUCCCUGGGAAGUUAUUGGCUGGAUGGUGGUAUCCCCUUUUGAUGAGAAAGGAUUUUACUCCAACAGCGAAGCACUGCACCUAUAUGCAUAUCUCAGAGUCCCACAUCUUCUCCAGUUAUAUCGGAUUCCUCUUGCAUUUUCAUUCUGGCAAUCUGGGAUUGCAAGCGAAAAGGCGAUUGUCACAUUUGCUAAGUUCUUUCUGUAUUGCAUCCUUUUACUUCACUUCAGCACUUGCAUCGUUUUUGCAAUUGUAUGCCCUCCAGCAGACUUGUUUGGUGACACAACCAAUUACUUAUUGCCUAUGAUAAAGCACAACUGUUCAUCACAAUCCUGGGUGUAUCACUUGGACUACACGUUUAACACAGUGUAUGGUAAGUUCUAACUCAACUAGUUUGUUCUUCUACCACUACUAUUGUUGUACUACUAUCUAAACCAAAUUAUAAUAUCAUUCAUUUACUCUACAGUAUAAGCUAUCAAAAUGUCUGAAAGAUUAAAACAAAAAAUGGUAUGGAAAGUGUAUAGUGUAUAACUUACUUGAGGACUUUGUAUUGUCAUGGAAAACUCCCCUUCCCCUCAGAAACGGCUACCUUCACAGAACUGUAUUCCAUAAGUUUAUACUUUGCAACUACAACUCUCUGUGGUGUAGGAUAUGGUGAUAUUCAUCCUUAUCUAGCCUCUAUGGUAAGGUUAUUCAAAUUGCAAACAGUUUUAGGAUCAAUUAAGUCAUAAAUAACUCAAGAUCACAGCAAUAUGUUUUUAAAGCUACUUUAAAGGUUUAUAUGGUUAUUAUUAUAUGUACAGUAUUUGAAAGUAAUUGUAUUGUUUUGUUGUUUGUGUGUCUUUGCAGAAAAUUACCAUGGUCUUCAUAAUGGUGUCUGGAGCGUUGUAUUGUGGUUAUGUGGCUGGUACAUGUGCUGCUAUGUUAGCCAAUGCAGAUGCUACAAGGGAAGCCUUUACUGAGAAAAAGGAAAGCAUACAACUAUUCUUGAAGGUAAGGUUUUUCUUUUUGUAGAUUUGAUCUCCUUUGUGGCAACAUUUGUGGCUUACCUGUUAUAUUUUUGAGGUCUCAUUAUGUGCAAUUCUCUGCCUUAGAGUCAGAACAUUACAGGGGAUCUAUAUCACAAUACUGUGAACUUCUAUGCUUUCAAAUGGAUAAGAACGAAAGGACUAGACCAAGACACAUUGUUUCAGUAUUUGCCAUCAUCUCUACUCGGAGAUAUAUCUACAAUUAUCUACUCUGACCUUAUUGCAAAGGUACAUUUAUCAAUUUAUAUAUUUAUCAGCUUAGACUACCUUGAUUUAAUUUUGUGACUAAAGUAAGUAUACCGGUAUACACUUUUAUUAUUGUUUAAUUUUAGGCAUUUGGACUUGAUAUCAAGAGGAAGCAGCAAAGGAACUCAGUGGCACAAAAUCUAUCCCCACUUGAGAGAACAUUAUCUGGAAAGCUUGAUGUAAAAUAAUUUUUACUUUUUCCAGCUCGUAAGUAUUUUCUUCAAAUCUUUGCUUCAAAAGUAUUUCUGGAAGCUACGUUUCUUUCUGUUCUGCCAACUCUACAGGGACCCUUUUUUCACAAAAUACUGAGGAAAGAGAGUGUGGACCAGUUGGAAACAGAUGGAGGAUUCAUUCGGUUACUAGCUAGACAGAUUCGACCUUGCCUUUACAGAGCUAAUGACCUGAUAUGCAAAAGAAAUGACUUUGGAUCAGAGGUGUGACACAUGGCUCUGCUGUGUUUAGGUUUCCAUUGGCUAUGACAGCAGGGCUCAAUCCUAAUGACAGAAAAGGUGCACAUGAGAAUGUUGCUGUUGCUCUCUUCACCAUUUUUGUUAUUACUAGCAUUUUUGUUCCUAGAUGUAUUUCAUUGAAAAGGGAGAAGUAGAAGUCUUGUCACAGGACGAGUUGACUGUUAUCAUCAAACUGAAUGCAGGACAAUACUUUGGAGAAGGAAGCCUACUGUUUGCAGAACCUCGUGCAACCACAAUAAGGCAUGAUACUUUUGAUGACUUAAAACAUAAUUGUCUCUCAUUUAAAUAUACAAUUCUGUGUCUCUGAUCAAAUACAUUUUAGAUUGUAGCAUUGUAUAUGUCUUGUAAUAAUCAGUAUUGUACUGUUUUCUUGUGCGUCCCAGGGCUGCCACAAAUUGUGAUCUGUAUGUCCUCUCCAAGAAAAGCCUUGAUGAAACUGUAAAAUACUAUCCAGACAUUUGCAAACAGAUAAAGAAAGCUGCAGAAAUGAAACGUAAACAGCUACUGCAAAGAACAAUGGACAUGUCAAAAGUUCAGAAGAAUGUUUCAGCAACUGACCUACUUAUGAAUGACACAGGAUGUAAGUUGGCUGGCAUUACUUCAGUAAUGUUGCUAUAUUCAUGUGUUGAUGAAAUAGAAAGUUCUGCCAAAGCAAAUCUAUGUAACUCUUAUAAGUAUGGUAGUUGUACUGAGGCACCUUAUUACACAUUUUUAAACUCUGCCCCCCAAAAAUGUGUUUGUGCCAAAAAAAAGGGAAAAAACUAUAUCUUUGAAGUUAUAGGAAAAAGCUUUGCUUAGCUCUGCUGUAGUAUUGCUGCAGCAAACAUCUUUCUUAUACUUGUAGCUUUUAUGGGUUACACCAUUUAUGAAGUACAUUUAUAUGUGAGCAAUUUGUUUCUUCCAUCAGAUAUAAAGCUUUACAAGCACUGCAUGGCAGAAGAGGAAAAGAAAGCUAAGUUUAAAGACUUCCCAUUUCAUGUCCGAAUUAAGACGAGCUUCACUCAAUUCUUGAUCCGUUUUCUGUUGAACGUCAUCAGAAUCCACAACACAACAAUCAAUCCAGAGAGCACAGUACGUGUUGUGUAUCAGUACACAUCUUGCCUUCUGAUCAUCAUUCUGUUUUGGGCGAUAACAUACAUGGUAAGUGGUGCACAUUGUUCUCAGAAUUAUAAUUUGUUGUCACAUAAUAGUUUGACCCAUCCAUUAGUGGAGUUCUGCCUAUUAUCGUAUUAUUGACCUCAAGGUAAAAUAUCAGUCAAAUAGAAUAAUAAUCUGUAUGAAUAUUUGUGUUCGGUCACUUGAGUUGUAAGUAGUAUAAGAACAUAUUAACUAUUGAUUUCCCUCAAUUUCAGCCAUCUGUGUUCGAUCUUGACCGAGGCAUCUUUUUGUUCACAAUGAUUAUCGAAUAUAUUCAAAUGAUUGAGGUGAGGGACACAGCUCAUGAAUUUGUUAGUAAUCCAAAUAACCACUUUAGGGUCCUUUCAGUCUGUUGAUACAUUGUGUUUCCAUAAAUUAUAAUGUACACUACACCCACCAUUUUGUUUUAACCUUGUUGUAUUAAGCCUGUUUCAAUAUUUAUGCUAAUAUUCUUCAGAACGGAUUUGUUUUUAGGUCUUUGCGUAUGAUUACAUUGACAAUGUAAUUUUUCUUACAGAUCAUUUUGAAAUUUCAUAUUUGCUUCUAUGAUGAAGGUGGAUCAUACAUCUCAGACUACAAAUCUGUGUCACUGAGCUAUAUGACGAGGAAAGUGGGAUACAUUUAUGAUGUCAUAUGCUCAUUCCCAUACGCAUUUACAAUUUUGCACCUCAUGAAUCAAGUGUCACCAAUAGCAUUUCUGCAGAUAAUAGUAUAUGUUCGCAGUUUUCAUCUACUCCGGAUUCUGACUGUACUUGUCUUCAUGCACAAGGAGGAGCAAUCCAUCAUUACUAAGUAUGUGCACUAUGUUUUUGUUUAGUUUAGCAUGUUCUCAAUGCUGUUUUUACCAGUAUGUGUUUAAACAGUUGUGUGGUUUUGAAUGAUGCGGAAUAAAAGGCCAUGUUGUAGCUUCUGUAUCCUCUAAUCAUUUACAGUAUAUGUGCUUAUUCAGGAAUUUGAGAUGUAUUAGAUUAGACCUUUGUCCGGCCGGCCCAUACAAUUUCCCACUGUCAAGUUGUUUUGAUUGAUGUUAUCGCCAGUCUUUUGUCUCUAAUCUAUUUCUCUUCUAUUUUUUUUUUACAUUGACAGCUUGCUUGCCAUACGAAUCAUCAAGUACUUGGUCCAUGCAGUCCUGUUUGUCCACUGUACCGCAGUUUUAUUUCUUUUAUUUGUUAUACAUGGUGGCUUUAAUUCGUGGGUUGUCAACACAGGUAAGGUCAGCUAAAAUGGGUAAGGCAUGAUGAAUGAUUACGUUCGUUUUGGUAAUGAAAAUAAAAUAAAUGAAUACAAUUAAUUUAUUUAUUACAAUUAAUUUAUUAGACUUUUGACAGGGCUUUUAGUUUGACAUAUUCAAAAUUUCUGAGUUUCUAAAUACGUAAACACUAGAUUUAUUUGUGUUGUUUUUAUGUUGUGUUUUUACAGACGUGUUUUACCUCCCUGAUAUUUACCACUACUCCGUAUAUUGGACUUUAGCAACUUACACAACAACAGGCUAUGGUGAUAUCCGUGCAGUGACAUACGAAGAAAUGUUAUUCUCCAUUUUGAUAAUAAUUCUUUCCAAGAUGCAAGUCAGUUACAAUAUGGGACUUCUCUCAUCCACUCAAACAAACAAGCAAUCACUUCAAGUGGCGUAUGAAGAGAAGUUGCAGGUAUGAACAAUAAUACUCAAGACUAGAAUUUAAGUAGCUUUUGAUUUAAUGGAAUUCAGUCUUCAAAAGCUGAAAAUGAGGUACUGUUGCGAGAGAACUAUGAACUUGAAUGACUCAUCGUCUUUCUCUUCCCAUUUUAAUCCAGGCAGUCCAAAACUACAUGAUGGAUGAAAACAUUCCAUCAGCGCUGCAAAAUCGCGUCAUCCGAUUCUACAAUUACCGAUGGACACGAACCAAAGGGAUAGAUUCUGAAGAAUUGUUCAAAGAUACACCUCAUUGUAUGAAAGUAGACAUUUUCUCAAGGUAACUAGCAAUCCAUCAUUACUAAUGUCUGCAAAUGCUUAGUGAUGAAAUGUUAACGAACUGUUACAUACUGUACCAAACUACUGCUUAAUUAGAAAAACGAUGUGUACAAAAUAAGACCAUGUAGCAUGAGAUUAUGAAGCCCCGUAUUAUUUUGUCACCAUUUUAGAAUAAGUGUGAAUCUACUGAAGAAAAAUCAGCUCUUCACUCAUCUCUCAGAAACAUUCCUGAGACACUUGGCAACAAAGAUGCUGCUGAAAAGCUACACCUCUGGUAAACUUGAGCAUCAUAGGCUGAAUACUAACUAGAAUUUUAUUUUAUUUCUUUUUCUUUUAUUUCACCUUUAUUUAACUAGGUAAGCCAGUUGAGAACAAGUUCUCAUUUGCAACUGCGACCUGGCCAAGAUAAAGCAAAGCAGUGCGGAAAAAACAACAACAACACAGAGUUACAUAUGGAAUAAACACCUACAUACAGUGCAUUUGGAAAGUAUUCAGACCCCUUGACUUUUUCCACAUGUUGUUUCGUUACAGCCGUAUUCUAAAAUUGAUUGAUUUGUUUUCCCCCCUCAUCAAUCUACACACAAUACCCCAUAAUGACAAAGUAAAAACUGGUUUUUAGACAUUUUUGCAAAUUUAUUAAAAAUUAAAAAUAAAAAACGGAAAUAUGACAUUUACAUAAGUAUUCAGACCCUUUACUCAGUACUUUGUUGAAGCACCUUUGGCAGCGAUUACAGCCUCAAGGCUUCUUGGGUAUGACGCUACAAGCUUGACACACUUGUUUUGGGGAGUUUCUCCCAUUCUUCUUUGCAGAUCCUCUCAAGCUUUGUCAGGUUGGAUGGGGAGCGUCGCUGCACAGCAAUUUUCAGAUCUCUCCAAAGAUGUUAGAUCGGGUUCAAGUCCGGGCUCUGGCUGGGCCACUCAAGGACAUUCAGAGACUUGUCCCAAAGCCACUCCUGCGUUGUCUUGGCUGUGUGCUUAGGGUCGUUGUCCUGUUGGAAGGUGAACCUUCGCCCCAGUCUGAGGUCCUGAGCGCUCUGGAGCAGGUUUUCAUCAAGGAUCUCUCUGUACUUUGCUCCGUUCAUCUUUCCCUUGAUCCUGACUGGUCUCCCAGUCCCUUCCGCUGAAAAACAUCCCCACAGCAUGAUGUUGCCACCACCAUGCUUCACCGUAGGGAUGGUGCCAGGUUUCCUCCAGACGUGACGCUUGGCAUUCAGGCCAAAGAGUUCAAUCUUGGUUUCAUCAGACCAGGGAAUCUUGUUUCUCAUGGUCUGAGAGUCCUUUAGGUGCCUUUUGGCAAACUCCAAGCGGGCUGUCAUGUGCCUUUUACUGAGGAGUGGCUUCCGUCUGGCCACUCUACCAUAAAGGCCUGAUUGGUGGAGUGCUGCAGAGAUGGUUGUCCUUCUGGAAGGUUCUCCCAUCUCCACAGAGGAACUCUAGAGCUCAGGUUGUUGGUCACCUCCCUGACCAAGACCCUUCUCCCCCGAUUGCUCAGUUUGGCAGGGCGGCCAGCUCUAGGAAGAGUCUUGGUGGUUCCAAACUUCUUCCAUUUAAGAAUGAUGGAGGCCACUGUGUUCUUGGGGACCUUCAAUGCUACAGAAAUGUUGUGGGACCCUUCCCCAGAUCUGUGCCUCGACAUAAUCCUGUCUUGGAGCUCUACAGACAAUUCCUUCGACCUCAUGGUUUGGUUUUUGCUCUGACAUGCACUGUCAACUGUGGGACCUUAUAUAGACAGGUGUGUGCCUUUUCAAAUCAUGUCCAAUCAAUUGAAUUUACCACGGGUGGACUCCAAUCAAGCUGUAGAAACAUCUCAAGGAUGAUCAAUGGAAACAGGAUGCACCUGAGCUCAAUUUUGAGACUCAUAGCAAAGGGUCUGAAUACUUAUGUAAAUAAGUUAUUUCUGUUUUUUAAUUUAAUACAUUUGCAAACAUUUCUAAAAACCUGUUUUCACUUUGUCAUUAUGGGGUAUUGUGUGUAGAUUGCUGAGGACGUUUUUUCAUUUAAUCCAUUUUAGAAUAAGGUUGUAACGUAACAAAAUGUGGAAAAAUUCAAGGGCUCUGAAUACUUUCCGAAGGGACAGUAACUUCACAUUCUGCACUAGUAGUCUGCAGGGUGUAUGGUCGGUCCAUUUCAUUUACUCUGGACUUCAUUAACUAAGAUUCUGCACCUAACCACUUCUGAGGAAUAAUCUGACAGUGUGUAUGUACAUUAUCACAUGAGUUUUUCACAAGUAUUUUGAAUGGGGAACAGUGUAUAACCAAUGUAAACAGUGUAUACAUUUCGGUAUACAUGCUGAAAUGCUGUCUCUUCUAGGGGAAUACAUCAAUAGAAGGGGAGACUCUGGCCGUGGCAUGUUGCUGAUCCUGAUUGGUAAGGUGAAACUUUGCUCAUGGAGAACUGGAAAGGAGGUCAUUGAGUAUCUUACAACUGGAGCUGCCUUGGGAGUUGACUUGCUGCUGAAAUCCAAGUUGUGUACAUACACUGCCAUUGCUGAUAACUAUGUGGAUAUAUUUUUCCUGUCAAAAGAGCACUUUGAAGAAGUUGGGUCAUAUUACCCAGAUGUUAUGAAUAAGUUGCUAAAGAGAGCCUCAAACGUUAUCAGCAUGUAC